GAUCUCUACCGGAGCCUGCCUGCAUCCAUCGGUGUCUUAGCCGGGCGAUUAUGCUACCGGGACGCUCUGCGGUGAAUUCACGGCCAGCCGAGACGGUCAAAGACAGGAGCCAGCCCUGAGUUGCCAGGAACGAGAGCACCUCUCAUCCCAGCCAGCAGCUGCUGCCGGCGUGAAGCGAGGAUGAGGCCGCGGGAGGAGGCAGCUGCCCCCGUGCCCCCCGAGAGCCCCCGCUCCCGCAGAGCCAUGUCCCGACCCCGGUGGGCUGCGCCGCGCUCCGGGCAGCUUUGAAGUGAGAGGAGGUGGUCGUGUUUAGAAAGGCGAGAGAUGAACUGAAGAUUUCAACAUGUACGGGAAUUAUCCUCACUUCAUUAAGUUUCCCGUGGGCUUCGGCAAUUCCCCCGUUCACGCCAGCUCCACAUCCGUGAGCCCAUCCUCGAGCCUCUCCGCGGGCAGCGCGGUGGACGGGCACCACAACUACCUCGAGGCACCCGCGAAUGCCUCCCGGGCGCUGCCGUCCCCCAUGAACGCCAUCGGGUCGCCGGUGGGCGCGCUGGGCUCGCCCUACAGGGUCAUCGCAUCCUCCAUCGGCUCGCACCCCGUCGCUCUGUCCUCGGCCCCGGGCAUGAAUUUCGUGGCGCACGCUGGCCCACAGCUCAACGUCCUCAACAACGUCAGCAGCUCGGAGGAUGUCAAGCCCCUGCCAGGUCUCACGGGGAUGGGGAACAUGAAUUAUCCAUCUACAAGCCCAGGUUCCUUAGCCAAACACAUCUGUGCCAUCUGUGGGGACAGGUCCUCAGGGAAGCACUACGGGGUGUACAGCUGCGAGGGCUGCAAGGGCUUCUUCAAGAGGACGAUCAGGAAGGACCUGAUCUACACCUGCCGGGACAACAAGGACUGCCUCAUAGACAAGCGCCAGCGCAACCGCUGCCAGUACUGCCGCUAUCAGAAGUGCCUCGCCAUGGGGAUGAAGAGGGAAGCUGUGCAGGAGGAGAGGCAGAGGAGCAGGGAGCGGAGCGAAAACGAAGCUGAGUCCACAAGCAGCGGCAGCGAGGACAUGCCCGUGGAGAGGAUCCUGGAAGCAGAGCUGGCGGUGGAACCCAAAACGGAGGCGUACAGCGAUGUCAACACAGAGAGCUCAACAAACGACCCCGUCACCAACAUCUGCCACGCCGCUGACAAGCAGCUCUUCACGCUGGUGGAGUGGGCCAAGCGCAUCCCCCACUUCUCCGACCUGACGCUGGAGGACCAAGUCAUCCUCCUUCGUGCAGGCUGGAACGAGCUGCUCAUCGCCUCUUUCUCCCACCGCUCCGUGUCGGUGCAGGACGGCAUCCUCCUGGCCACGGGCUUGCACGUGCACCGCAGCAGCGCCCACAGUGCUGGCGUGGGCUCCAUCUUCGACAGGGUUUUGACAGAGCUGGUGUCCAAAAUGAAGGACAUGCAGAUGGAUAAGUCAGAGCUGGGCUGCCUGCGAGCCAUUGUCCUGUUUAAUCCAGAUGCCAAGGGCUUGUCCAGCCCCUCAGAAGUGGAGUCACUGCGGGAGAAGGUCUACGCCACGCUGGAAGCCUACACGAAGCAGAAGUACCCCGAGCAGCCAGGGCGGUUUGCCAAACUCCUCCUGCGCCUGCCAGCGCUGCGGUCCAUCGGGCUGAAGUGCCUGGAGCACCUCUUCUUCUUCAAGCUGAUCGGCGACACCCCCAUUGACACCUUCCUCAUGGAGAUGCUGGAGACGCCCCUGCAGGUCACUUGAGGAGGGUCUGGCCUCACCCCCUGUCCCUGCACAGCCUCCCACCCCUCUGCUCCGGGUCCGUGAGAGCUCGAGAGAUGUCCUCCACCCUCCACUCCUCCUCGGUGGGAUUGUCGUGUCUUUGUACAGCUGUAAAUCACCCCCCUCUAACCCCCCUCCGGAGUGGUCACCGAUCCUCCACCCAGCUAACCAGCCACCUGCCCCCCCCCUGUACAGAUAAUUGCUUUAAAUUAUUUUUUCACUCUCAAUAAAAGCCAACAGAACAAAUAAAAUAAUAUAUGAGAGAGGCACUGAUGGGAGCCUGCAGAGCAGCGUCCUCCUUUGCUGUGGUUAUGGCUCUGGGAGGGGAUGGGGCUGAAGGGGACCCUGUAGAGGCUCUUGGGCAACCCAAAUCAGAGCAGAAACCUCACUCGGGAUACCGCUGCUCCUGCUGAUGGAUCUCUUGGUGGAAGACUUUUCCCAGAUAUUGUUGUUCCUUGCUCCUGCUAAGGGGAGACCUGGAGCAAUUUUCUGCUUUCAAUCAAAAAAAUUCAUUUUGGCAUCCUAAACAGAGCUCUUGGACUUUUUUGAACUCUUAAAAAAUGUAAAGUUAUUUGGAAAGCAACC